AUGACUAGGCCAAACAGGAAGUUUUUUUCGGACACAAGUGAAGAGUCUGACAGCUUUAUUGAGGACGAUCAACCACCCACACCCACACCCACACCCCCACACCAACUCAACAAUAUAACCAUCCGAACAGUCACCACCAACAGACCUGCCAGCCAGAUAGCCACCGCUAUCAGAUCUGCCCAGAAAGUCGCAGCUGCAGGACCAGCCAAUCCCCGAGCAGCCAAUACUAGACAUCCUGCCCAAAGAGUUGCAGACACCCAUCCUGCUGCACAGAGUGUCAACACCACAAGAUCUCCUGCCAAUAGAUUUAAAGACACCAGAUUUGGCGCCCAGAUGAACCCAGUGAAUGUCACAGGAUCUGCCCAGGAGGUCACUGCAACUGUACCUGCAAACCAGAGUAUCACCACCAGUGAUUAUGCCAUGUUCAUAAAACUCUUAACUCUCCUUGAGGAGGUAAAGAAAACUCAACGAGUGCACAGCAACAUGUUGAAUGCUUUGCUCAAGCAACGUGACCAUGGACCAUUGCAAGAGGUUACUGAUGAUGUUGUCUUCCCAUUGAGAACAAUGGAAGAUGUGGAAGCUAUGAAUGAAAAGCUGGAUGACUCAGGAUUAAUGUCAAGUGUUGGUGCAAUGGUUGCAGAUGUUGGUGGUUCUUCAUUGGAUGAUGCUACAAGAAGGAUGAUGAGAUUCCUGAUUUCAAAUGAUGUAGCUAUUGAGUACAAUCUAUUUGGUCGCCAUGGCAAGAGGAGAUUUAAAGAUUUGCGCCUUUUCAAGGUCAUAUAUGGUGGACUGAAAAAAAAUGCCCUAACCAAAAACACCAACCAAAAAGAGGCAGAGAAGUCACUAUCCAAGUGGUUCACUGGCGCACGAGACAGGGGUGGAAAAAGAGCCCUGAGGGCACAAAACACCAGACUGCCAGCAGUUUAAGUAUUUUGUGAGGUGUGGACUGAAAUCACUGGAGCACGAGACGGGUGGAAAAAGAGCACAUUUGGGCACAAAACAGUUCAACAUAUUUUUUCGUCAGUUGUGUUCAAAGUAACCCUUUCUCUUUUUUCAUGAAUUUAACAUUAAAGACUCGUUUGUUUUUAUAGUUGAGGUAAAUAUUCUUUGUUAAGGAUCAGAAGGUUAUAAUAAAUUUGAUAUUGAACAUCCAUGUGUUUUUUAAAAAUGCACCUAUUAUGUUUAUGAUGUACAGGCAAAUAUAAAGUAGUAGAUUAUUCAUUUUGAAGACUAACAUUUAACAAAGCAAUAUCCACAUGCUGCAGUUAUCAUUUAAUCAGUAAAAAUUGCAUUGUACUUGGUAGAGCAUAAGAAUGGUAAAGGUAAAUUAGAAUUUAGCAAUAACACAAAUUGUACUGCCAGGUGGAAAAACAUAAUCUAGAACCACUCAAGUAUACACUAUGCAGGGCUCAUCCAUAAAAAAUAUACAGGGCCUUGGUUUAAUCCACAUAGGCUUAAUAAAGUGGGACCAAUAUGGGCCUUAUGCAUGUUGCCCACUUGGGUCCCACAUGGGUCCCACUCAGAUUCUAUGUAGGACUCAUAUGGGCUAAUUCACAUAGGGCCGACAUGGAACCCAUGGACAAACCCACUUGGGGCCCAUGCCGCAAGCCCAUAUGGGGCCUACAUUGGCCCCACAAAAAAAUGUUGGCUGGGUUCUGUGGUGAGACAAGAAUAUUG